CAGUUGUUCUUACCAUCAAAUCUCUCCUCCUCUGCCUCCAUCGCUGUCCGAUUCAGCCCCGGAAUCGUGUACCAGAAGCUUCAAUGCCUUCGCAGAAGUGGUCAUUGCCGGAGAAUCUCGACGACGGGGAUGACUCCGCGCAUCAUCACCUGAACCACGGCAAGCAAUCUCGAAGAGACGAUGAGCUAGAGAGAGCUGAAGACGAGGAGACAGAACAGCAAGGGAAGCAGAAGGAAGAAGAGCAAGAACAAGAAGGAGGAGAAGAGGAAGCGGAGGGACAGAAACAGGGAGCAAAAAUGGAGGGUGAGGACGAGGACGAUGAUUGCAACGAAGGGGACGAUUCUGAUGGGAGCGAAUCCUCUAGCUCGGGAGAGAAACCGGAAUUUGUCAUGGUAGAACUACCAGAAAUUCGUAAAGAUGUACAAUGUCCAAUUUGUUUAGGAAUAAUAAAGAAAACAAGAACCGUUAUGGAUUGCCUACACCGUUUUUGCAGGGAAUGCAUUGAUAAAUCAAUGAGACUGGGAAACAAUGAGUGUCCUGCUUGCCGUACACAUUGUGCAAGUCGACGUUCCCUGAGAGAUGAUCCAAACUAUGAUGCCCUAAUUGCAGCUUUGUAUCCAGAUAUUGAUAAGUAUGAAGAAGAGGAGCUGGCAUUCCAUGAAGAGGAAAGGACCCGAAAUAAACAGAUUCAAGCAUCAAUUGCGCAAAUAUUUCAACGCCAAUCUGAAGCCCUUGUUAAGCGACGUGGUAAAGACAGCACAGGGAGCUACAUGACAAGAUCACAACGCAACCCCCGAAGUGCUCAUUUAAGAAGGAGACGGAACUCUAGAGGUACUGAACAUCAAGGAUCUGAAGACAAUGAGGAUGAAAAUGAUGAUAUUGGGGGAAAAUAUUCAUCGUCCUCUGAAGAACGUGGUGCAGAAAUCAGGCAGAGAAGGCGUAAAAGACGAUCAGGAAUUCCAUCAUCCCACUCUGCAUCUGUCUUGGAUGGUGGCUGUGCUGAUGAUGUGGAAAUGUCCAGAGACAGUAGAGGAAUUUCACCUGUGCUUGUGUGGAAUCCAGAAAUGCUUGCUUGGGGUGGGGGUGGUGUUCGGAGUCACACCCGUCAUGGGAAUUCUAGUGCUGGCAACAGCAAGAGUCAAAGAAUUGCUCGUUUGAAUAGGCUGGUGGAGUAUCUCCGGAGCUUGGAGGACCAUUGCAUGGAGGAAAACAAUGAUGAGGUGAAUUUUCAUCUCAAGCUUAUUUCUUUGGACAAACAAGGUACGCUGAGUUUGCAGCAGCCACAUCUUUGUUGUCAGCCAAGUCUAUCAGUUAAGCAGCUGUGCGAAUUUGUUGCUCUUCAGACACCCUUGCGAGCUGCAGAUGUUGAAAUAUUAAUUGUGAAAAGACAAGAUAAUGCAGAUGACAAUCUCUCCAACCCACCAUCAGAGGAUGAGCUACAAAUUUUGGACAGUCAAGAAACUGUGGCUGGGCUCAGUAUCAACUGCACUAAGUCUAGAGGUCAUCUGGUAUUAGCAUACCGGAAAAAGCAGACUGGCUAGCAAAAUUUGUCAUGAAGGAUGUUGCCAUUCUACCGGGAAGAAGAAGAAACUUAUUUAUUGAAGAGAGUAUGUAUGUAGAUAACACAGAAUAAGGAUUGUCUUUUUGUCUUAUUGAAUCAGUAUCUUCUAUUUUGGUCUGAUUUUUCUACUGGAUGAUGUAGAAAGACCAAAGCAUGAGUGUAGAUUAUCCUAUGUUUUUUUGUUUUUUUGUUUUUUUAGUAUUAUUUAUAAUGUUACGUACAUUAUCUAGGACGUGAGAAAUUGAUUUUCCUUGGCAACAAAGAAAAUAAAAAAGGGCAAGUAGG